GGGGGGGGGGAAGGGGAUGCACAGGUUGCUAUAUAACCAAGCAGAGAGGUGCGAACUAUUGCACUGGCAAUCACUCGUAUCUGGACCCCAUCCCCUUUGCUUAUUCCGUCAGAGCCAUUUUAUUCAACAACCAUGAAGCUGUCUUCGUCCCUCUUGUUCAUCGCCCAGAUGGCCGGCACCGCCUUCGCCCUGAGCGGCGACGGGGCAAAGUGCCAGCUCAACAUUGAGUGCCUCAGUGGAUACUGCAUGCCUCACACCGGCUCUGAGGAGUACGUUUGCUGGGGCCAGCGCCGCAAGGGAGACUGGUGCAAUGUCAACUACUCCGGAAUUGUGUGCAACAGCGGUCUGAAGUGUGUCUCUUACCAAGGGAGCUGGUUCCUUGGCAAGUGCACUUAAUGUCUGCGUUGAUAGCUUUGGCGGUUCUCGGUACGCUUCACACAGUUGAGAGACACGGUAUCAGUGAACACUCCUAUUAUCUCGAUAGGACUGUUUCUUGUUUUUGUUUCUCCCUUUUCAACUCCCCCCCCUCCCCUGCAAUGUUCAUAAUCAUGGAUCAAUCAUGUCGAUGUGCGCCAUCGCCUCGUGAGCCGCGCACCUGGCUGAGUUCGCGGCCCUUCCAGGUGACAAUAGCUCAUAGUGGGGUUGGGAGCUUACAUGACAAGGAUGAGUCUAAGUGGUG